AUGGCUUAAUGUUGGAAGUAUGCUUUCUCAGAGUUUUUCUCAAAAAUUCUGGAGUUAAUUUUAAAUUACAUUAUGUGGCAAGAAGUGAGAGUAUCAAUUUUUUUUAAUUAAUUUGAUAUUUUAGAAUCCUGCUAACUGUGCAAACUUAUAAAAGAAUAGGGAAUUUAUCAUUGCUCUAAAUGUGAUAUUUGUGUUAGAGGUUAUGAUCAUCAUUGUCCUUGGGUGGAAAAUGCAUAGGAGAAGCCAAUAUAAUCAAAUUCUAGAUGUUCCUUCUUUCAUUGUUAUUUUUUUUCACUUGCAAUUUAAUUUUAGUAAUGA